AUCGCAUUCCCAAACCGCGACCCUGAUAGCGACGACGAAUUGCGCCGACUCCGAUCUUUGUGGCGAUUGACGAGCCCCCCCGGUUGCAAACGAAGCGAGAGCCCUGCCGAUCGAACCCGGAAACAAAAGGAAAGGAAUCACUAUCCCAAGAUGAGGCUCACGGCAGACCUCAUCAACAACUCCCUUUCCUACCUCAACCCGCUCAAGGAGCGGGAGCUGGAUCUACGAGCUUUCGGUUCGCGCCGCAAUACAGGUCAUAGAAUACCCGCGAUCGAGAACCUGGGUGUCGCCGGCCCGCACGACGCGAUAGACCUGACCGACAACGACAUACAAGUGCUGGGCAACUUCCCGCUGUCGCCGCGCCUGCGCACGCUGCUGCUCGCGCGCAACCGCAUCACGACCAUCCAGCCGACCCUGCCGAACGCCAUCCCCAGCCUGCGCAACCUCGUGCUGACGAGCAACAACCUCAACGAGCUGGCGGACCUGGACGUCCUGGGCAAGUUCCCGCGGCUGACGCACCUCGUGCUGAUGGACAAUCCGGUGACAAAGAAGGAGCAUUAUCGGUACUGGGUCCUCUGGCGGUGUCCCACGGUCCGGUUCCUCGACUACCAGAAAGUCAAGGAUGCCGAGCGGAACAAGGCAAAGGAGCUGUUUGGGACGGCUGAGGCGCCGACCGAGUUGGCUUCACAGAUCAUGGGCAUCAAGACCAAGACGUUCGACGUGGGCGCGACGAACGGCCCGGCCCCUGGGCAAGGGUCGAAGCUGUCGCGGCUGAAGCUCACCGACAAGGAACGCAAGAAGCUGCAGGAGAUGAUCAAGAAGGCCGACAGCCUGGAGGAGAUCAUCAGGCUGGAGAAGGCGCUCAAUGAAGGGCGGCUGCCGCCGGGAGUCAUGGUGGAGGACUCGAUGGAAGAGUGAACGAGUGACACGGCCGUGAUGGGAGGGGCCCCCGGGCUUGGGGAUUGCGUGACAAAGGUAACGAAGCACAUUUGUCGGGUUUACGCGUCUACAUUAUGUUUUUGGAGUUGGCUGUAUGGAUUGAAAAACUUGGGAGAAGGAAAGGAAGAAAGAAAGAGGCAGGGGCGUGGUCGACGAAUAAAUAGCCCUCAA